CUCCACUUUGGGAUCAUCAACAAAGUUGUCAACAUUGGUUUAAAUUAUUUGAUAGAUAUUUUCUAUGCUACACGCAUUCAUUAGCAAAAUUUCUGUCGUCAACUACUUGAACUUCUCGACCCAUUCUCCACUGAAGGCUGCACCUUCGAGCUUGGGUCAAAAUUACAACAUCAAGGGUAAAAUGUCUUCUGAACCAGUGAAUGUGAAUGACUUCAAAGAAUUGGCUAGGUUGAAACUUCCAAAAAUGUACUAUGAUUUCUACGCAGGAGGGGCUGAGGACGAACACACACUUAGAGAGAACAUACAAGCUUUCUGUAGAAUCAUGAUUCGACCUCGAGUUCUCGUGGAUGUGAGCCAAAUUGAUAUGUCAACAACCAUAUUAGGCCAUCGCAUCUCCGCACCUAUCCUGGUUGCCCCCACUGCUGGACAUAAGUUGGCAUUCCAUGAAGGAGAACUAGCCACGGCCAGGGCAGCUGCUGCUGCAAAAACUAUAAUGAUUCUGUCUUACUCUUCGACCUGUUCAAUAGAGGAAGUUGCCUCUAGCUGCAAUGCUGUCCGUUUCUUUCAAUUAUAUAUUUUCAAAAGGCGCGAUAUCUCGGCUCUGCUAGUACAAAGAGCUGAGAGAUUUGGAUACAAGGCAAUUGUCCUGACUGCUGAUACUCCUCGACUUGGUAGAAGGGAGGCUGACAUAAAGAACAAGAUGAUUGCACCACCAAUGAAGAAUCUUGAAGGCCUCAUGUCUAUUGACGUUAACUCUGAUCAAGGUUCAAAGUUAGAAACUUAUGCCAACGAGACGUUGGAUGCAUCUCUGAGCUGGGAAGUAUGUCCAAUAAGCUGCUCAGAUUCUUUUUAUUUCUAUUUUCUUUCCAGUUUAGGUAUAAUAUUUUACCAUCCACAGGAUAUAAUGUGGUUAAGAUCAACCACUAGUCUGCCAAUUCUGAUAAAGGGGAUUCUCACUCAUGAAGAUGCAACUAAAGCUGUGGAAGGUGGUGUUGAUGGAAUUAUUGUCUCCAACCAUGGAGCCCGCCAACUAGACUUUGCGCCUGCCACUAUUUCUGUCCUUGAAGAGGUUGUUCAUGCUGUCAAGGGCAAAAUUCCUGUUCUCUUAGAUGGAGGUGUGCGGCGGGGUACAGAUGUGUUUAAGGCAUUAGCCCUCGGGGCCCAGGCAGUCCUUAUAGGGAGACCAGUUUUAUUUGGACUUGCAGCAAAGGGAGAAGGAGGAGUAAGAACAGUGCUGGAGAUGCUGAAGAAUGAGUUAGAGAUUAGUAUGGCACUUUCUGGGUGCCCGUGCAUCAAGGACAUUACUAGAAGUCAUGUGAGGACACAGCAUGAUAAGCUGCCGUCAAUGCUUUAAUGUCAUACUAUAUAUUAUUUAAGCAUAGCUGAGUUAGUCUUACAAAUAAGAGGAAGCUGGGAACUCUACAAAAAAAAAAAAA